AUGGUUAAUAUGCUUCUGUUUCCAUCCGGUGGGGAGAACUCUGCGCAUAGUGAUCCAAACCUAUCAAGUAAUAACAAUGGUGAUAUGUUUUCGGACACCGCAGAAGUUCCUAUAGAUUUCAGAGUUCCUAAUUCAAGUUUGAAAGGAGCUUUUGGAACGGUGUUCUUAGGUUGGAUUGACAAGAAAACAUUUGUUGCUUCAAGAAAUGGUGUUGGCAUUCCUGUUGCUGUUAAAAGGCGCAGGUCAUCAAGCAUUCACGGACAUUCUGAAUGGCUAUCAGAGAUACGCUUUUUACGAUGCUUGGCUCAUUCCAAUAUUAUUAGUCUCUUGGGGUACUGCGAUGAUGAACUACAAUACUUCCUUGUUUAUGAGUACAUGCAAAACCGAAGUUUGGAUCGCUUUUUGUACAGAAGUGCACAUGUUAGGGCUCAACCUCUAUCAUGGAAAACACGUCUUAUCAUACUGAUAGGAGUAGCCCGUGGACUCACUUAUGUUCAUUCGUCAAAAGAUGAAAUCAUACACCGUAAUGUUGAAAGCUCUAGUAUAUUGUUGGAUCAAGUAUGUUUUUAGCUAUUAAUAAUUUACAAUUUUGUUCAAAAGCUUUCUAUACUUAUCAUCUAUAUGCCAUUGAAAAUAGGGUUAUAUGCAACAAAUAACAACAUACA